AUGGCAGUUGCUACCGUAAACUUCGGGACAUUUAUGAACAAGAUAUCUUUGAUUUUCACUAGGAAUCUUCAUGAUGAUCAAAGGGUCUAUGAUGCACUUCGAACUUCAGAUGCUGCUGCUAUUGUAUAUGUAGCUGACCGUUAUGGUAAUAUGCCGGCUGAACUUGAUUUUGCAGUUCAGCCAAAGCAUAAAAAACGCGGUCUUCCCCAUGCUCAUUAUUUAUUUACACUCUUCAAUGAAGAUAAAAUUAAAACAGCAGACGACGUUGAUAGUAUUAUCUCUGCUGAAUUACCGGAUCGAUAUGUACAAUCCGAGUUGUAUAGCGUAAUUUUAACGCAAAAUAUUCAUGGACCAUGUGAUCGAUUAAACCCUAAAUCAAUUUGUAUGGUUGAAGGAUCUUGCUCCAAAACUUUUCCUAAAGCCUUCUGCAAGGAAACUGAUGUAUCUACAGAUGGUUAUCCAAUAUAUAGAUGCCAAAAUAAUUCUAAUCAAGCUCAUUUUACACGUAAUAAUAUUCAAGUAGAUAAUCGUUUUGUUGUACCAUAUAAUUCAUUUUUAAGUCUUAAAUAUAAUGCUCAUAUUAAUGUUGAACUCUGUUCAACCGUUAAAGCUACCAAAUACAUUAAAAACUAUAUUACAAAGGGUUACGACUGUGCUCAAAUCGGCCUUCAAGUAAAUUCAAACGACAACGUAGAAAAAGUUUUUGAUUAUGACGAAAUCAAACAAUAUUUAAAUUGUCGUUAA